AUGAGUAAACAUGAAAGAAGCAGAUUUGUCGAGCAGCUGUUGAAGGACGAGCUUGAGGCUGUGGCUCUGGGACUGGAGCAGGGAGUCUACGCCUGGGAAGAGCUUGACCUGCCUCAUGAUUCACAGGGCUCCACUCCUCUCAUCACUGCCUGCAGAACGGGUCUUACUAGGGUUAUGCAUUUCCUUCUGAAAAGAGGAGCCGAUGCUACACUGUGUAACAAUAGCAAUCAGACAGCUCUUCAUGUUAGUCAACCAGCACUCCAGGGGGAGCUUUUGACGGCUAUGAUCGGAGAAGUACCCCAUCAGAAGCAGCUCUCACUAGCAGCCUGGAGGGGAGACCUCUGCUGUCUACAGGACCUGAUGGCCCAGGCAGACUUGUUGGAGUUAAAUAAACAGAACAGAGAUGGACUGACCCCACUGAUGCUGGCUGUAAGGGAUGUGGAUCUGUUUGAAGGACUUGAGACACCGUGGGAGUAUCAACCUGUGGAAGUGGUGAAGGAACUUGUGUGUUUUCCAGUUGAUAAGAAGAUCCUUGAUGGAAGAGGUCAUACUGCUCUGUGGUACGCCUCUCAGAUCAAGAGCACCAAGAAGGAAGAACUCUUCCAUAUAAUGGAUUCUUUAAUGCAAACAGAAACAAUAUUCACGUGUCUGGAGGCAUCUUAUUGGCCAAUGAGUCCUUCUGUACUCCCCAGCUGCUCUCCUACACGUGGCUGUUGCACACCAGAUUCAGACGGGAUGAAGAAAGAUUCAGCUGAGAUUAUCAUGGCACAAAACGAUCAUGCAGAUAUCCACCAAGAUAACAGGAUUUGCUUUGAGGGUUGGAUGGAGCCAAAGAUAGACAUCAGACAAGAUGGCAGAGACGAGAGGAAGCGAAGCAGUCGGACAUCAUCCUUGCCUAGCCUAUGGAACAACAGAAAAGACUGGGGCAAAAUAAGGUCCUUGCAUCCAUCACUCAGUUUGACUUCUUCCUCAAUACCUGUUCUUCCUGCUGCUCAUGUCACUCAGCUCAGUAAGUCAGCACCAAUUCUAAUGGACCCUCUUCUUGAUGCAAGUGUGCUGCUGCAAGCACGGACUAACAUUCAUAAUAGACUUGGAGGUGUUCACACAGGGGAUGAUGAUGGCAGACAAAAGACACUACCUACUCUAUGUUCAAAGUCACCUAAACAUCUUGCUCCGCUGGACAAUAUAUACAGGAAUGGCUCUACAGGUUCAAGUCUUGAGCACCCACUGCUCUUAAAACAAAGUAGCAUCUUGCCCAUCUCAUCACAAUCCAGGAGAAGCCUGGAAAGGAUCUCCAGGCCGUCUUCCAGAAGAUGCAGAGGCACCAGAGCAGGCAGUGAAGAGAGCAACUCCUGCAGCAGUAGUAGCCAAGAAGAGGAUGAGACAGUGCCUCAGGAUACACACAAGAUUGAUGUGGGCUUAGAUAAGUCACUGAAUCUGGAACUGGGGACCUAUUUGGAUUUUGAGGACUUUGUCAGUUCAGUAAUACACAAUACCAGAAAAGAUAUAACUUCAGACAACAAGAAAGGCUAUACAUCUAUCAAAUCUUUGACUGUCAUGAAAGUCGAGGAUGAAAUAAGAUGCCAGUCUACUAAAACAACUGAAAACUCAGAGGAAUUUCUGAAGAAGUCCCCAACUAUGGACUGCUGCUCUGUCUCUGAAGAACCCCAAAACAUUAGACAAACACAACCUAUAGCCCGAGGAUCCUGUUUUAUUGCUGGUGAGAAGCACCUCGCCGCUGUGGAUACUGACGUAGCAGAACACACUCCACAUGAAAAGAACAAACCAGUUAAGGCGAUCAAAAGAAAUGAUAGUAAAGGCAAAACAUCUAUUCAGACAAAUCAGUCAUUCAAUGUUCUGGCACACAGAAAACAAAGUACUGUUAAAACCACAAGGAAUAGGAUAAAUUCACCAAUUCACUCAAAGUUGCAACUCAGAGAAAGUAAACCCACCAUCCUAGUUAUUGCAGGAGAGUCUAACAACAAAUAUUUGCCAAGAGAACCUUGUAAAAAAACUGCACAUGAAGCCCCAACAGCAAGGGGGGUCUCUGAACCUUUUCAACACAUGAAGUUGAGUGAUGACAAGAAAGUAAGCAGUAACAGCCAAAACCAACUUCACAGAGAUCGAAGAAGUGCAAAAGCAUCCAAAAAGCCAGUAACAGGACCAGUACAGCGAACAAGGUCUGCUGUGGAUUAUGUCACUUACAAUGACAUGUUUCUGAAGAUCAGUCAGGGAGAUGAAGGUCCCGCAAUCUACGAAAUGUUUGCGACUCCGGUUUAUGAAAAUCUUAGAGUAGACAGUUCUGCAGAGAGAACCAGACAGGUCCAUACAGCACUUCAAGUUAAAAGACAAACCAAUGGAAAACUGAAGGGCCAAAAAACAGUGGAGGUUAACCGAAGGAAACAAGCUCAAUCAGAGAGAUCCAGUCGAGCUAAACACAGGCAACUCAAGCGGAGGGAUAAUGUUACCAAAGGGAUAAAGAAAAACCCACUUUCUUCAGAGAAUAAAUGCCAUGUCCUUGUAACUUCUACUUGUGGAGCAGUCCAGCAGAAUAUAUCCGAAAUGCACAUCGAGGGAGAUGGAAGGGAAUUAUCAAGUGCAGAGAGACAACGUACUUCCAUGCUAUCAGUGAUUGAGGAAGUACUUUCCAACACUGUAUCCAAAACAAGUCUCAUAAAGGAAAUAAUACAUCAAGAACAAACUCCAAUUGAUGCAGGUGCCAAGAGUGAACCUGAAAUAUCACAUGAAACCAAAUUGCCAUCGCAGCCUCUUAUCAAUACCUGGACAAGUGACGGAACAGUCUCACCUGUGUACCACAGCUUUCUAGAUGAGGUUGGCGAUGGACCUCUCACAGAUGACCUGCUGAGGUCUUUGGCAGAAGAGUUGAUCUCACUCGAGAGAAGAGAUGUUGAAACACUCAAGACUGAAAAGGAAGAUAGCACAGAGUUCAAACAUAACGUGCCUUCAAGAUUUAGCAUUUUUUUAAAUGAGGGUUCAUCCUCAGGUGAACUGCAUUACACUAAUGGAUCUUGCUCAGAUGAUGCCAUCACAUGGACAAAAGGAGAGGUUCUGGGUAAAGGAGCUUAUGGAACAGUGUAUUGUGGGCUAACCAGUCAAGGUCAGCUGAUUGCAGUAAAACAAGUGGCACUUGAUGCUUCAACUUCAGAGAUGGCAGAAAAAGAGUACGAACGCCUGGAGAGAGAAGUGGAUCUUCUUAAGACCCUUCAUCACACUAACAUUGUUGGUUUCUUGGGCACAGCUCUCUGUGAGAAUGCUGUAAGCAUCUUCAUGGAGUAUGUUCCAGGGGGCUCCAUCUCAAACAUUUUGAGCCGGUUUGGACCCUUGCCAGAGAAGGUCUUUGUUCUAUACACUCGACAAAUUCUGGAAGGUGUUGCCUAUCUUCAUGCUAACAGGGUCAUCCAUAGAGAUCUGAAGGGGAACAACAUUAUGCUCAUGCCCAACGGAGUGGUCAAGCUAAUCGACUUUGGUUGUGCUCGCCGUCUUAGCUGUCUUCAGACUUCAACUGGAAGUAAGAGUGACCUUCUGAAGUCUGUGCAUGGUACCCCAUACUGGAUGGCACCAGAGGUGAUCAGUGAAACCGGUCAUGGACGAAAAUCAGACAUCUGGAGCAUUGGCUGCACUGUGUAUGAAAUGGCCACAGGAAAGCCACCCCUCGCUCACAUGAACAAGAUAGCAGCCCUCUUUUACAUUGGGGCUCAAAAGGGCUUAAUGCCAUCUCUGACUGAUGACUUCUCUACACAUGCAAAGGGCUUUGUCAAGGCUUGCCUGACCAGAGAUCCAAAGCAACGACCUUCAGCAGAGGAACUGUUAAGACAUCCAUUCAUCUCUCAUCACAGCCAAGCCUGCAAUAGGCCAAUGAACUGAAAACUUAAUUCCCCAAAUCAAAAAGUGACUUUUAAAAACAAUGAUACAAACCAAACAUUGUGAGGCAACAUAAUUUAACAUGGAGAAAAAUGUUAUUUAUAACACAGUAAAGAUCUGGAAAUAGUAAUCUGACAGAUGUGCCAUUAAGUUCUUAACGCAAUAAAUGAUCACAUAAAGACUGAGGUUAAGGUAGUGGAAACCAUGGUAUUUAUUAUUAAAUCUAAAUAAAAUUGGGAAAAGACAAAAAAAAAAAAAAGUGCCAGGGUUUGCACUUGCCUUAUCCAACUGCAAUUCAGCGUUCCAAAGUAAAAUGAUAAUUUGUACAAUGCUGGCCUCAUUUACCAAUAUCUUCACACUAAAAGAAUU